AUGCCAUCUUACGUAAUCAAGGACAAUUUCUUGGCUAGUGCUGUCAAUGGCCCAUCACGCGCUUCUUGUCAGACCAACAAGCUGGUCUACUUUCUGCUGUCGCUUCUCAUUCCGGGAUUGUGGACGGUGGUGAUCAUGUCGGCCUCGAGUAUGCAGCAGUCGUCUAAACGCAAACGAGUGGUGACAUCUUGCUCCGAGUGUUAUCGCCGAAAGCAAAAGGUUCGAAAUCGUUGCCUUCUGCAUCUCUUUGAAAAGAUCUUCUGUCGUCUGAUGUCCAUCCAGUGCGACCGUAAAACUCCAUGCAUCAAUUGCAUAUCACGAAAUGUCACUGCGCAAUGUGUUUACGAUACAUACUCCCCAGUCAAGUCGCCAAAAGAGCACCAGCGAUCGUCCUUUGAUGCACAGGCUGGCACAGACCCAAGAGAAUCACUUAGCUCCGUAGAAGGGCCAACGGCCCAAGGCUCGGCCGACCUUGGCUAUUCGCUGGCUUCAGGCAGCAAUACCUACGCGGGAUUGCAAGAAAUCAUCGGGAAUGAGGAGUUUGAAAACAUCACAACUCCACGCAACUAUGCAACACGAACCGUGCUAUUCAACAAAAAGGAUAUCGAGACGUUCAUUGGAAAAUUGCCGCCAAGACCUAUCAUCCAAACACUCGUGAAUUUCUUCUUUGAGAAUGUUAAUUGGCAUUACUUUAUCCUGGAGAGAUUUUAUUUUGAUAGCUUACUUUCUCGAUGGCCACCUGCUGAAGACAUGCAGGGUCUGGGCUACCUAACGCCCACAGAACUUUCCAUUGAGAUACGAUAUUUUCCCGCUUUGCUCUUUCAGGUUCUUGCAUUGUCGCUGCAAUUCGCACCAGUUGACUGGGAUAUCUUGAGCAACUUACCCGCAGCCAGAUCUUUGUCUUCGCAGACAUACAGCGACUUAGGCGACGAGCUACUGUCGCUGUUAGGGAGACCUGGAUUAGCUCUCACUGCAAUCCAAGCGGAAUUUCUGCGGUCAUCGUGGCUGAAGAACUGCGGACGAGGUACCGAGUCUUGGCACACGGUUGGAUCUGCUAUCAGACAGGCACAAGAACUUGGCCUUCAUCAGCAACAAGAAAUCCACCAGGCUCCCCACGGAAAUGUUGGUAAAACGCUAAGCUUGUUUUGGUACGAAGAGAACAAGAAGCGUCUAUGGAUCAAUUUGUUCGUCUGGGAUAGCUUCAUGGCGAUGAUUCUCGGCCGUCCUCGAAUGAUAAAUUUGGAUGACUGUGAUGCAAAGCCGCCUUUGUAUUGCAAUAUUCCCCGGGAUCCUUCCACCGCGAUACCGAUGGCAGUGCGCCCGGAAGAUACCCGCAGCCCGAUAAUGAUCUCCGCGUCCCUAUUCCGAUACGCUCUUGCAUGCAAAGUGCACAAAAUGAGGGCUACUAAAUCAGGUAGCCCUCGUCUGAAUGAUUACACGAUUAUUCAAACUUUACACGAGGAAAUAUUGACGUUGAUGCACGAACUGCCUCCUUUCUUGCGACUCAAAAAUGCGGACACUACCUGGGACCUUGAGUAUCAUUAUCUUCCCCAGCUUCGUCAGGAGUUGCAGGUUAUGCUGAACUUAUUCGUUAUGUCAUUGCAUCGGCCACAUGUUCUCUCUUCAGAAGAGAGUCGGAGAGCCGCUUUGCAGGCGGCGCUUCAGACUCUUGACUGUCAACGGUGCCUUUUCGCACAGGCUGAAAAAGAUCAAUAUCACUUAUUUGGCUUGGCAUUCUAUACGGUCGACGCCUCAUUUCUCAUCACUAUCAUCGCCAUGCUAUUCCCACCAUCGAGCCAUAACGCUAAACAGAUAAUUGACCAAAGCCUCCAGUAUGCUAUUACUGACCUCUCCAAAAUGCAGUCUACCAAUCCUGUAGCCAGAUCAGGCUUGAAGAUUGUCGAGCACUGCUAUCAAAAAGUGAAGAUCACUUGUGAAUCGCCCAAUAGCACUUCCGAGCCUAGAACCGCCCCCCACAGCACCCCUGGUGAUGAAUUGUAUACCUUGGUUAAUGAUCUCGGACUUCGAAAUUUUGAUUCAUGCGCAAAUUUGCAGUCAGAAUCCUCUCAGGUCAACACAUUUUCUUGGCAUGGAUCUCCGGAUUUUUUUUUCGCAGUCGAUACCCGACGUUUUUAA